AUGUCACAAGUAGGUGGAAAAAAAGGAGCUGGAAAAGGUCCUUCUAAGGAUAAAAAUGAAGAUAAUAAGGAAAAAGAUAAAACAGGUAAUAAUAAAGAAACAAAAGAAAAAGAGAAAGAUGAAACUACCAGUAAUCCAGAAGGCGAGGAAGGAACUGCAUCAAAACCACAAAGCGCCGGUGCUAGCAUCAGGGAUGCCGCCCAAAGGAUCCUUGUUCUGUGCCAAAAGGGAGAAUGGGGACCGGUGGAUCAAAUUCUUAAGUCAAUGGAGAAGGCGAUUGCUAAUGCUGGAGAAGAUGCAAAUAAUGUACCUCUGGCAGGAGUUUUGGAUUUGGCUACCGGAAUGACACCUUUAAUGUAUGCAGUAAAAGACAAUCGAACGUCGCUCAUAGAUAGAAUGAUUGAGCUGGGAUCUGAUGUAGGAGCCAGAAAUAAUGACAAUUACAAUGUACUUCACAUAUCUGCAAUGCAUUCCAGGGAAGAUGUUGUCAAACUUCUGCUCGGAAAAAGAGGAGUGGACCCAUAUUCAACUGGAGGGAGUCGAAAUCAAACGGCAGUACAUUUGGUAGCUUCGAGACAGACUGGGACAGCAACUGCCAUUCUUAGGGCUCUUCUCCAAGCUGCUGGAAAAGAUAUCAGAUUAAAAGCAGACGGAAGAGGUAAGAUACCCCUGCUACUCGCGGUAGAAGCAGGAAAUCAGUCUAUGUGCAGAGAGUUAUUAAGUGCACAAACGGCGGAACAAGUUAAAGCACAAUCAGCCAAUGGAGAUACCGCUCUUCAUCUAGCAGUUCGACGAAAAGAUAUCGAUAUGGUGAGGAUUUUAGUGGAUUACGGUACCAGUGUGGAUAUUCGAAAUGGUGAAGGACAAACUCCAUUACAUAUUGCGGCAGCUGAAGGAGAUGAAGUACUGGUAAAAUAUUUUUAUGGAGUUCGAGCUUCAGCAAGUGUUACCGACAAUCAAGAUAGAACACCGAUGCAUUUAGCGGCUGAAAAUGGACACGCGAAUAUAAUAGAACUAUUAGCAGAUAAAUUUAAAGCGAGCAUUCUAGAAAGAACCAAAGACGGCUCUACUCUGAUGCAUAUAGCGUCACUAAAUGGCCAUGCGGAUUGUGCAAUGAUGCUUUUCAAGAAAGGAGUCUACUUACAUAUGCCAAAUAAGGACGGAGCUAGAAGUAUUCAUACUGCCGCAAGAUAUGGUCACGUAGGAAUAAUCAAUACGCUUCUGCAAAAAGGAGAAAAAGUCGACGUAACAACAAAUGAUAAUUAUACUGCCUUACAUAUAGCCGUCGAAUCUUGCAAACCUCUCGUCGUUGAAACAUUACUUGGGUACGGAGCUGACGUACACGUGAGAGGUGGUAAACUUAAAGAAACCGCAUUGCAUAUAGCGGCUAGGGUUAAAGAUGGGGAAAAAUGUGCAUUGAUGUUGCUAAAGUCUGGAGCUGGUCCCAAUUUAGCCACUCAUGAUGGGCAAACACCUGUGCACGUUGCAGCCAAAUAUGGUAACCUAGUAACUUUGUUAUUGUUACUAGAAGACGGUGGCGAUCCACAGUAUAAAAACAAGAAGGGAGAAACUCCAUUACACUUAGCUGCAAGAGGCUGCAAAGCAGAAGUAGUUCAAGCACUAAUAAACUUUAUGAAAGAAAGUAAAGGCGAAGAAAAAGCAGCAGCAUACGUUAACGAAAUAAAUGACAACGACGAAAGCGCUCUUCAUUAUGUUUGUGCUGUAACAACCGAAGAGGUUGAAGUGCCAAAUUCGGACAGAAACGUUGCAAAAAUUUUAUUAGAAAGUGGAGCUGACGUAAAACUUCUUACCAAACAACAUGAAUCCGCUUUUCAUUACGUCGCUUUAGCUGGCAAUAAUGGUGUUUGUAUGGAAAUGAUAUCGCAUAUGACACCCACGGAUUCUCAAAAAGCACUUAAUCGACAAAACGAUCAUGGCUGGACGCCACUUCUUAUAGCAUCGCGGAAAGGCCACAUAGAAUUGGUAAACAAUCUUCUCGCGAACCACGCAAGAGUAGAUGUAUUUGAUUUAGAAGGUCGAUCUGCUUUACAUUUAGCUGCCGAGCAAGGUUAUCUCCAAGUAUGCGACUCCCUUCUCACCCACAAGGCUUUCAUAAAUUCGAAAUCAAGAAACGGAAGAACAGCUCUACAUUUAGCAGCCAUGAAUGGAUACGUCCAUCUCGUAAAGUUUUUGAUAAAAGACCAUAACGCUGUCAUCGAUAUUCUAACGUUAAAGAAACAAACACCACUCCAUUUAGCAGCAGCAGCCGGUCAAAUAGAAGUUUGCAAAUUAUUAUUAGAACUAGGCGCUGACAUCGAUGCUACAGAUGAACAAGGUCAAAAGCCUAUUCACGCAGCCUGCCAAAAUAAUUAUUCCGAAGUUGCCAAAUUAUUUUUACAACAGCAUCCAAGUCUAGUGAUGGCCACUACAAAGGAUGGUAAUACUUGUGCGCAUAUAGCUGCCGCGCAAGGUAGUGUAACUGUAAUAGAAGAGUUGAUGAAAUUCGAUAGACAAGGAGUAAUAUCAGCCAGAAAUAAACUAACUGAUUCCACUCCUUUGCAAAUGGCUGCGGAAGGCGGACACGCCGAAGUGGUUAAAGCUUUAGUCAGAGCUGGCGCUAAUAUAACAGAUGAAAACAAAUCCGGUUUCACCGCUGUACAUCUAGCGGCCGAAUACGGCCACUUACAGGUCCUAGAAGUAUUAAGAUCUUCCAAUAGUUUGAGAAUCAUCAGUAAGAAACUCGGUGUUACUCCACUUCAUGUUGCGGCUUAUUUCGGACAAGCUGAUACAGUUAGAGAACUUUUGACCCACGUACCUGGAACUGUAAAAUCAGAUGCUCCAAACGGAGCUUCACUUGUUCCUGCUCUUGGAAAUGAAUCAGGAAUGACGCCUCUACAUCUAGCAGCUUUUUCGGGCAAUGAAAACGUAGUUAGAUUACUGUUGAAUUCAGCAGGAGUUCAAGUUGAUGCUGCAACACACGAAAAUGGCUACAAUCCGAUGCAUUUAGCAUGCUACGGUGGUCAUGGUACAGUCGUUGGAUUAUUGCUGAGUCGUUCAGCAGAGUUAUUGCAAAGUCAUGAUAAACAUGGAAAAACAGGUCUACAUAUUGCUGCCCAACACGGACAUUUGCAAAUGGUGGAAGUUUUAUUGGGUCAAGGUGCUGAAAUUAACUCGCAGGACCGAAACGGAUGGACUCCUUUACAUUACGCAGCUAGAGCAGGUCACGUUGAUGUAGUAAAAUUAUUAGUAGAAUCAGGAGCUUCACCGAAAGCGGAAACUAAUCUUGGAGCUGUUCCAAUUUGGUUUGCCGCUUCCGAGGGGCAUCACGCUGUCUUGGAAUAUUUAAUGACCAAGGAACACGAUACAUAUGCCUUGAUGGAAGAUAGACGAUUUGUGUACAACCUUAUGGUCUGUUCGAAAAAUCACAACAACAAACCAAUAGAAGAAUUCAUCUUAGUAUCACCUGCACCCGUGGAUACCGCAGCAAAACUGUCAAAUAUACUAAUCGUUCUAUCAAACAAAGAAAAAGAGAGAGCGAAGGAUCUAAUAGCAGCAGGAAAAUAUUGCGAAGCUAUGGCAACUGAACUUCUAGCUCUAGCGGCUGGUGCGGACUCAGCUGGAAAGAUUUUGACUGCGACUGAUAGGAGAAACGUAGAAUUUUUAGAUGUAUUAAUAGAAAACGAACAGAAGGAAGUUAUUGCACAUACUGUAGUGCAACGUUAUCUCCAGGAAUUGUGGAGAGGAGCCCUCAACUGGACGGCGUGGCGGACGUUGUUGUUGUUCGUGUUUUUCAUAAUAUGUCCCCCAGUGUGGAUAGCAUUCACUCUUCCGUUAGGUCAUAAAUAUUAUAAAGUUCCGAUAAUUAAGUUCAUGUCGUAUUUAACUUCACACGUCUACCUCAUGACGUUUUUAUUAAUAGUUGCCAUAACUCCUCCUUAUCCUGUAUUAAGGAGAAGUUUGUUGCCUUAUUCGUACGAAUGGAUAUUAUUGGUUUGGUUAAGCGGACUUUUACUAUUCGAGUUAACCAAUCCUAGUGAUAAAUCGGGCUUAGGUUGGAUCAAAAUAUCCGUACUGUUGUUUAGUAUAUUCGGCGUGGGUGUACAUUUGUUGGCAUUUUUGCUAAACGAUAAAGUUAUAUGGCCUACUUUAUUGUACUGUAGAAAUCAACUGUUCGCUUUGAGUUUUGUAUUAGCUUGUGUUCAAAUUUUAGAUUUUUUAUCGUUUCACCAUUUGUUCGGGCCGUGGGCUAUCAUUAUUGGUAAUUUAAUGAAAGAUUUAGCUAGAUUUUUGGCCGUUUUGGCUAUUUUCGUAUUUGGAUUUUCGAUGCAAUUUGUCGCAUUAAAUCAACCGUUUGCAAAUUUAACCCCUACUGAAUUGAUACGACUCAACAGACAAGGCGUUUUGAAACCAGGAUAUUUUCUAGACGACCGAGAUUCCCUCUCGAGUGACAUUGAAUGGAUAGAGGAAUUGAGUUACAACCAGCCGAUACCAAGAGCCAAUCUUCGUAAAAAACGACAACGGGUAACCGGCAUGAUAAUGAGUCCAAUAUUGGCGUUCGAGCUGUUAUUUUUCGCCGUCUUUGGCCAAACGACGUACGACGAACUGACAGUGAAACACAGAGAUCCGAAAAUACCCCCGUUUCGACCCUUAUGGACGGACAACCUCUUCAAAGUGGUAUUUGGCAUCUACAUGUUGGUUUCGGUGGUUGUGCUCAUUAACCUUCUAAUUGCAAUGAUGUCGGACACGUACCAGCGCAUACAGGCUCAAUCUGAUAUUGAAUGGAAAUUUGGACUGAGUAAAUUAAUACGUUCGAUGCAUAGAACGACAACAGCACCAUCGCCCAUCAACCUAAUAACAACAUGGUUAUUCUAUCUAGUUGACAUUUGCAAAAAAAGAGAUUUUCUUCCAGUGAAGGCCCGAAAACGCCAAAGUUUGGUUCAUCUGAUGGGGACUUUCCAAAAAUCAACCCAGCUGAGUCCUCGUUCUAAAGCUGGAGCGAAAUGGCUUUCCAAAGUUAAAAAGGGUCGUCAAAUUGCUCCAAAAGAAUCCGUCGCACUAUCAGUGGCUCAUCUGAGUCCUUUGGGCUCUCAACUGAGUUUCUCUAUGCAAACAACUAGAAUCGAACACGUUACAGAUUGGGAAGCUAUAGCUAAAAAAUAUAGAGCGCUAAUGGGUGAAGUGGACGAGACGAAAGAUAAGACUAAUGACAGCGAAGAGGAAGGAACUGAAGAAGAAGUUCUUACGGCAAAUGCUAUACCAGUACAAAAUUCAUUUGGGUAAACUGUUGUUAACAUUAAUAUACCAUGUGAUAGUUUGACUAUUGGAAUUAAAAAUUAAAUAGUAUAAUUCACGUUUAAUUUUCGUCACAUGGUAUAUUAAUGCUACCAACAAAAAAAGACACUUUCGAUUCAAUCAAUAAUAUAACAAAUAUUUUAUAUAUUCAACUAGAAGUAGAAAUUUAUACAUCUUCUAAA